AUGGCCGCCGCGAAUACCUCUUUCUUUUUCACUACCGGUGCUGAGAUCCACUGGCGCCAGGCUGGUGGCUUCAACCGCGAUCCCGCAUCGAUUCACACACUCCUUACCGGUUUGACCGGCCUCGUUAUUGUCGAAAUUUUAUAUAUUGUCACAGCUGCGGUGACAACGCCUUAUAUUUACAAUGUGGUGGGUUAUGUCAUUCGCACCUGGGCUUUCGUUCUCGCGGCUGCCUUCAAGCCUCUGGUCAACAAGGUGGUCCACAAGGUGGCUAGUCGAUGGGCCCCAGGCAGAAAGGUUUUCGAGCGACUCAAGAUCUACGAGCCUGUACCACUGGGUGACUACGAUGAAGAGGAGGAUAAGGCCGGUCUCCAUGCUGCGCCUCUUCUUGAUCAACCUGCGCCGCUUCCCGCUGAGAAAACCCGUUCGAAAAUCUGGCUCAAGCGUGCCCUCGUUCUCAUUCCCACCGGCCUAAUCUUCUUCCUCCGCCUUAUUCGCCCCUACGACGAGUCAUACUGGUUCCUUUCCCAGACAAUCGUCGCCUCUCCUUUCGCCGGAGUGGACUCCAAAGGCAAGCUUGCCGGUAUGGCCGACCAUGCCGAGAUCGAUGGCAAGUCUACGGCUUUGACUGCAACUCCCAAGUUUGACUGGAUGCCCGAGGGUGAAUGGCCUGGAUUCAGAGACUGGCAGGAUGACAAGUAUAAGCAUUACAACUCAUCAUAUGACCCUCUCCACAUCUCAAACCUGGAUCAGGACAUUCUCGAGCCUCUCCGCGAGGUCCUUGCAAAUGGGGAUGUCAAGAUUAAGCAUAUUUUAGUCUUCAAGAUGGAGAGUACUCGACAGGAUGUUUUCCCUUUCAAGAAUGGCAGUUACUUCCAUGAACGCAUCAAGCAGUCCUAUGGCGACAAGACCAUUCCUAAGAAGGUCCAAAAGCGCUUGGCGAACUUGACUCGCACCGCCGAGCGUCUGACAGGCGCCCAGUCUGGCUUGAAUCCCGAAAACCCCGUCAAGCCUUACGGAGGCAUCAGUAUGACCAACUCAUAUACCGGUGGCACUUUCACAUUGAAGAGUAUUGAGGCCACCACCUGCGGUCUUUCCCCCCUUGUUGUCGAUUUCAACCACGAAUACGAGCACCACAUCUACCAACCUUGCAUGCCUCACGUUCUUGACGUUCUGAGUGCAAGCACCAAUAACAGCAAGAGCAAAGACUUCGUUGACUGGCCGUGGCGCCCGCGCUUUAUGCAGACCAUCACCGAUACUUAUGACCACCAAGACCGCCUCACCCCCGCAUUGGGCUUCCAUGAUGAGAAUAUCCUGACAGUGGAAGUUAUUGAUAAGCAACACACAAAUGAUACCACCUGGAAGGCCGAGAAGUAUAACUUCUGGGGCUACGCCGACAAGGAGAUGGGUAGCUACCUUAAGGACGCAAUCCUCGAAGCUGAGCACAAACACGAGCGUCUGUUUGUUACUCACCUCACUGGAAUUACCCAUCACCCCUGGGACCUACCUCCCCAUGUGGAUUACCAUGAGUUGAUCGGAUCCCUGACGAACUCUUUUGGCGGGAAGAAUGACGGACUGAACCGCUACCUGAACACAGUCGGGUUCAAUGACAGAUGGUAUGCGCGAGUUUUGGAGAUCCUUGAGGAGACUGGUAUCGCCGACGAGACCCUUUUCGUCCUGACCGGUGAUCACGGAAUCUCCCUUCUCGAAGACGGCAACGUCACCCCCUACGACAACCCUCUCGUCACCAACUUCCACGUUCCCCUCGUCUUCGCGCACCCCAAACUCCCUGUCAUUGAGUUAAACUCCUCCGUGACUUCCGUCCAAAUCCUUCCUACUAUCCUCGACCUCCUCAAGGAAUCUGGAUCUCUCGACGAGCACAGCGCCCGCGCGAUCAGAGACCUCCUCCCGAUGUACGAAGGUCAAUCUAUCAUUCGGCCGAUCGUCGAAAAGAAAGACGAUAAGUCCUACUGGCAGUUUACAGUCAUGAACACGGGCGGUUCCAUGGUCGCCAUGCGCUCGGCCGACAAACAGUACCGACUCAUCGUGCCCCUCGUCCCCGAGGUGGAGUGGCGCUUCACCGACAUCGCGAAGGAUCCCCAAGAGGACAAGCCCAUUAAAUCAUUCGCAUUGGAACCUCUCAUCUCUGCCAUCGCCACGAGACAUGGCAAAGAAGCCGUUGAAUGGACUCACGACGCUGCUCGUGCGGCUCAGUGGUGGGUUCGCGAUAACUGGCGGCGGUAUGAGUUUGACCCAUCGGCGUGA